AUGUUGUCGCUCGUCCUCACGAUCCUCUUUGUGCACAUUGCAAUCUACCUGGUCAAUACGAUUGGUGCAACCACAAUCGACAGUGUGGUAUGGCUCCUCUUCCUGAAACUGCCGACGUCGACCUCCCGACAAGCACGCGAACAGCAGCGCCUGAAGCGCGAGGUGCUCCAGCUCAAGCGCGAGAUGAACAACACCAGCUCGCAAGACGAGUUCGCCAAAUGGGCAAAGCUCCGCCGACGACAUGACAAGACGAUGGAGGAAUACGAGGCAAUGAACAAAACUCUCACGUCCCAGAAAGCCUCUUUCGACUGGACUGUCAAGACCGCGCGCUGGCUCAGCACCAACGGCCUCAAGAUCUUCCUGCAGUUUUGGUACUCGCGAACGCCUGUGUUUGCGCUGCCCGCCGGCUGGCUCCCCUACUACGUUGAAUGGAUGCUGUCUUUCCCUCGCGCGCCGGUGGGCUCGGUCAGCAUCCAGGUCUGGAGCAGUGUGUGUGCGGCGACCAUUGCGGUGUUGACUGAGAUUGUGGGCUCGGUGCUGGUGCUGGUAGCAGGUCGAAAGAAGGAGCCUGUGCCGGCCAGCAGUGCUGGUGCCAAGAAGGCACAGUGA